AUGAAUCAGUUAGGUCGAAAGGAUGGAUUAGAAUGGGACAAGGUUAGAGCUAUGAUUAGAUACAUAUUCCGAAACACAGGAAUAAAAAUUUCAGUUUGUUCAAAAAUGGAAUAUACAAAGGAAGAGAAAUUAAUUAUAUUUAAACAGUUUCACAACUCAGUACUUGGAGGACAUGCAGGAAUAAACAAAACCGUUAGGAAGAUUAAACGUCAGUUUAAUUGGCCAGGAUUGAAGUUAGAUGUAAAAAACUAUAUUACGAAUUGUGAGUCCUGCCAAAAGAAUAAGGUUACAAAUAGGAAAAUUAAGCAACCCAUGGUAAUAACCACCACAAGUUCAAAACCAUUUGAAAAGAUAUUUUUGGAUAUAGUAGAACCAUUAGUCACUACCGCAUCUGGAAAUACUUAUAUUUUAACGAUGCAAGAUGAUUUAACUAAAUAUUCAUUGGGAGUACCAUUACCAAAUCACACAGCCAAUACUGUAGCUGAAGCUUUUGUAGUACAUUUCGUUUGUAUUCAUGGAAUACCAGAGACCAUAUUAACUGACCAAGGGACAGAUUUUCUAAAAAACACCCACAAGUUCGUAAUAAUGGACUUCGAGUUCACUAAUAUACAUAGAACGAGUAAGGUCCUUAUAUCAGGCGCGAUAUCAAACACUUUGGACCGGUUUAAGAUAAGGAAGCUCGAAGGACGACCAUUAUAUCUGCCAGAAAAUGGAGAAGUGAGACCAAUGAAAGAUCGAGAGGUACUAGUGGUACAGAAAGCAUUAGCACGGAUUUUCAAAGCAAAGACAGAACUCAGGGACAUCUGUUUAGAUCAACUGAAUCAAAGUCAUAGAGCACCUGUAAAUAGUUUAAAUGCAACCUAUAUACGAAACUAUAUACUGCGUGACAAUAAGAUUAAUGUGAUUGUGGUGUUUGGAGGUAGUUCCGACAAAGAAAUGUUGAAGAGAUUAGGAAUUGAGUUUCCAUUAUUAGAUAUGCGCUGUUAUGAUAAACAUUUAAAUCGAAUAUUUUAUUUACAGUUAGAGGACGUUUCCAACAAGAAACUAAUUUUUGAAAUAGAGAUAGGGUAUUAUGACAAAUCGGGGAGAAUACUAAAUCUUACCGAAUCACACAACUUAAUUUGUAAAAAGAAACAUAAAAUAACUUACGCCCGACGUUCUUCAUGCAUAUGA